AUGUCCGACUACAACAACGGUGACUACGAUGAGAAUGCUGCUCGCUUCGCAGGCGAGACUGUAGGCAGAGCUGAGGGCACCUACGACCGCGCCGACGCAGCCUUCGACCGCGAAGAACAACGCGCAGGCGACUCCUUCCGCCGCGACGAACAAGCCGUCGAGAACGCCCCCGAAAACCUCGCCCGCUACGCCGAACAAGGCUUCAACAACACCGUCCAAGGCGUCGAAAACAUUCCUUCGGACAUUGGUUCCGGCCUUCGCAGUGCCGCAAACUGGAUUGGCGAACAGAUUGGUGGCGCAGAGAAUGAGGGUAGACGUGCUGAGCAAGGGGUGGAGAAUAGAUAUGAUCAAGCUGAGCAAGGAGUGGAGAAUAGAUAUAAUGAUGCUGAGCAAGAUGUUGAUCGGUUUGGACAAGGGGUGAAGAAUAGAUAUGAUGAUGCUGAGCAGGAUGUUGAUCGCUUCGAUCAGGGUAUGCAGAAUUCGUAUGAUCAGGGCGAGCAGCAGGGAAGACGUGAUGGCUGGUAA